GGUUGAUUUGGACGUAGGUCGGUAAAUGACCUUGAUGAGACCUUCAAGUUGGAAUGAAAGACAGUGAGGGAGGGUUCUGCUUUCGAACACCUCUCCCAGUAUCUGGAUCACAGGACGGAACAUCGUUUUGUUCUGAAGCGAAACGACCUAGAUUGUGUCAUACAUCAUCACGUGUUUCAAGUGUUUACAAUCGUAUUUUCGAUCGGAAUACUAAUAGCGCAAAUAAAGAUAACGAAAGUCAUUCAGCGUCGAACGGGUCUUUCUUUGGAAGCCUGUGUGGUGUACUGUUUACUUAUUAGGUGAAUUGGCUUAGUCACAUGGGCUCCACAUACAUGUGUUAUAUGUUUUCAUACCACAUAUAUUGUCCACACCUUUUAACAUUACCGUUUGCCGGUUUUAAAUCGCCAAUUCAUCCUGGUGAUGUUUGUCACUACUUUCUUCAAAGUCUACUACCAAACAAUCGUACACAAUCUUUGAAAAUGAAACAGUCAGCCGUGUUCAGCUCCACGCCGUUAAAUGGAAGUGUAAAGCCUUCUUUAAAAAAUAGUCAAAUUCCUUCUCAAAGGCUAAUGUAUCAACGACUGUUAGAUAAAGCAUCAUUUCCUCGGACUCCUUGUGUUAAACGGUCAAGCAGUUUCAGAGAAACAAUCACUAUAGAUUUGGACGAUGAGAAUAAAAGUCAGCGUUUUUCGCUAUUACGAAGAUGUAAUCUCUCUCCAGUUCUUGCAAAUAACAAUAAUAAUAAACUCCAGUCGUCAGUUGAACAAGCUGGUGUACAUGAUCGUACUGUAGUAGCAGCUGUCUCACCAGAUACUAGUGAUUCAGAAGUACGUGCAUGGCUUGAAAGUUGUGGAGAAUCCCCAUAUCUAUCAGACAGUUGGCUUAAAAAUUUAACUGCAAGUUAUCGUGAUAAAAAGAAGGAACGUGAACGUGACUAUGAAUUAGCUCAGGCGAAUAUACAAUUUUGGGAGAAACAGCGUAAUUUAGCUGAAAAAGAGCGUAUUGACAAUCUUGAACAAAGACUUGCUUGUUUGUUGAGAACUCCACCUAUCCUUGAAGAUCCGUAUUUAGUCCCCCAACCUAUUCCUAUUGAAUUACCAUACAAACCGCUCAAAGUUAAAGAACCUAAAGUACCUAGUCUACCAGUUUUAACUGCACCUCAACUAGCUGAGGUUGAAGCGGCUCUUCGUACCGGCUCUCCAGAUCAGGUGUUAGCAGAUAAAUUCAGAUUGGUUGUUACACGUCGUGAAUUAAUGACGUUAAGUGGUACAAAUUGGUUAAGUGACAUGGUAAUCAAUUUCUACUUGCAGUUACUGCAACAUCGAAGUCAACGUCAAACAAAUCUACCUCGUCUCGCUGUCCUAUCAACAUUUUUCUAUGCAAAGCUGACAUCACCAAAUGGUGGAGGUUAUCCUGGUGUACGACGUUGGACUCGUCAAAUGAAAUUGUUCGAUCAAGAUAUUGUACUUGUCCCAAUUCAUGAUAGAGGCAUGCAUUGGUGUCUGUCUUGUAUCGAUUUACGCGCCAAAAGUAUAACAUACUAUGAUUCAAUGGGUGGGGGAAAUACAAAGUGUUUAAAACAGUUGAUGUAA